AUGAAGGCGGCUGUGGCGGUGCUGCUGCUCGGCAGCCUGUGGCGGGCAGCGCCGGGGGCUGCGGAGUGCGGGCAGUGCGACGCCGCCUCCUGCCCCCCGCUCCGGUGCCGGGCCCCCGAGCUGCUCGGCGAGGACGAGUGCGGCUGCUGCCCGCGGUGCCUCGGGGUGCAGGGCGACGUGUGCGGGGGCAAGGAGCUCAGGCACGGCCGCUGCGCCCCCGGGUACGUGUGCCUCACGUCGGCGGGGGAGCGGCAGGAGCGGGAGCGGCAGGAGAGGGAGAGGCAGGAGAGGGAAGAGGAGGGCACGGGCACGUGUGUGUGUAAGCACGACUACCCCGUGUGCGGCUCGGACGGCGCCAGCUACCCCACCAUCUGUGCCCUGCACCUGGCCAGCUGGAGGGCGGCGCAGGCCGACCGCGGCAAGGUCCACAAGGCACACGACGGGGAGUGCAAGUACGCUCCUGUUAUCGUCAUCCCACCAAAGCCAAUCCAAAACGUGACUGGUUCCCAAGUCUACUUGGCCUGUGAGGUCAAAGCAGUUCCGACUCCCAUUAUUACUUGGAGGAAGGUCACAGAGUCUCCCAAGGGGGUGAAGCUGCUGGAAGAACUGCCUGGAGACCGAGUAAAUGUGGCCAUUCAAGUCCGUGGUGGCCCAUCUAAGCACGAAAGCACAGGAUGGGUCUUGAUUAAUCCACUGACAAAGGAAGAUGAAGGUGUUUAUCAGUGUCAUGCCAGCAACAUCCUGGGAGAGGUUCAGACCGAAGAAACAAUCAAAGUAAUAGAGAAAACCAUCAGGACUAAAGGUAAUAAGAAAACCGACCCCAAAGAGAAGGACAAUUAGGACACUGGCUGAUUUUAGAUGCUGUGGCCGGUGACCCCACAGUGAUACAUCCCUCUGCUACUUCUUUUAGGGUUAGGCAAAGGUGCAACAUAACUAACUGAAACAGACAUAAUGUAUUUUGUACCAUUUCUCUUCUACUUUUGUAAAGUUUUUAUGACAACAUGGGGUAGGCAAGUUAUAAAAUGAUUAUAGUGUAUGGGUUUGCCAGGGGAUUUGAGAAUCAGAAUGUCUUAGAUUUGACUUGAUUUGUGAAUGGAGGACAUUUCUCAAAAAUGUUUGAGAUGUGUGAGAUUUGUGUACUCCGCGUGUGAUUUUGUAACAUUGUAGUAAGAAUUACUAACAAAGCAACAAUGCAUUUCAUGCUAGAUUAACAGAAUUAUAAUCUUUCAUCAUAGUCUUUGUGCAACACGACUUCUAUGUUGUCAAUCGCAAAAUAGACUAGUCUUCUUUGGUACUGGAAAAUAGUUAUUGGAUGGAUUGUUUCAAAACUGUACUUUUAUAUUUCAAAGGAUGUGUUCUGUUUUAUUUAACUAACCAAAUAGCUACUUAUUUGCUCCUGAAGUCUCCAAGUAUUAAACAGAAGCCACUGCAUGGAUAUUUGCUAACUCUAUUGCUGGCCCCAUGGCAUAAAUAAGGCAGUCACAAAGAGGUUUUUACACAAGUGCUACUCCAAUUAUGUGGAUCAUGAUUACUUUAUGUAUAUCAAUUUAAAAAUCUGUGCUUUGUAGUCUUGUAUGAUGUGUUUUAAUAAAAUUCUUUACGCCUCUCUUGA